UCAUAAAAUCCUCCUCCGUCGAAGCUAGUGUUUACAGUACCAGUACAGAGUUCCACAACAUCACGUCACAAUGAGGACAGUAUUCUCUUUAAUAUUUCUCUUGGGAUGCUUUGUGCUCUCCAGGGCACAUACGUAUCACAUGGGUGGUUGCCCCCUUGUGGAACCAAUGCAAGGAUUUCAAAUGAGCAAAUUUUUAGGAGUAUGGUACGUAAUUCAGAAAACAUCGACUGCCAGCAAAUGCAUCACUUACAACUAUACUCGUGGAGAAGAACCGGGUGAAUACAUUAUAGCGCAAGAUUCAGAUCAUCCAAUAUUAGGUCUUACACCAUUGAAGCACGAAUAUCAUUACAUCGGUGAAUUGAGCGUACCGGAACCAAGCACGCCGGCUCGAAUGGAAGUUCGUUUUCCUCUUAGUGUAGCUAGAAGUGCGUCCCACGUAAUAUUCUCCACGGAUUACGACAAUUAUGCAGGCAUAUUUACGUGCCAGAAGCUGACGUUUGCACAUCGUCAGAGUGCAACAAUCCUCUCUAGGCAUCGAGAAUUAGACAAGACCUACGUGGACCUUCUACGUCGGCAAUUGACCAACUUCGGCGUGGAUCCCUUUGAUUUGAGUAUUAUAUCUCAAAGUGGAUGUCCCCAUGGUAACAAUACCCUGGAUAUCACUGUGGACCCACAUACUUUCACUACUGAGAAUCUUGGGAACGUGGUUUCUAAAGCUGCAGGAAAAAUAGGAGAUGCUGUCCAAUGGGUAGCCAAUACGGGAUGCAAGGUGUAUCACACGUUAGCCGGAAGCGAAGAAGAAGACACAAGUAAACCGGAAGAGAAUACCAAAGCCGCCAUUUCAGAUUAUGACACGAAUGAAGUCGUAUGGAUUCCUUAAAUUCAAAAUUUUAUAAGUUUGUUCGAAAUACCUUGAUCUCGAUAAGGAUGAAUACCUUUUCGUUUUAUCGGUAUCUAUUUUUUCAUCAAUAGAACGAAUAUUCCUAUUUUCUUCCUCUGACUUUGAUGAAAUUAUCAGUCACGACAUUUGCACACUGCGAUAAAUUAGAAGUAGAAUAUGAAACGAGAACGAAAGACUAUGUAAGGAAUAAACUAUUUUUAUUUUUUUGCUGUGACUAUCAUGAAUAAAAUGAGUUGUUUUGAA